GGCCUCUCCUCCCUUUCCUUCUUCCUCGCAUUCCGCCGGGAAACUCCACAACACAAAAACUCUCACUCUCCCAAACCCAUCCAAACUCUCUCUCUCUCUCUCUCUUUCCCGCAAACCGUUUUCCUUUCUUUUCUCCCUCAAUCUCUUUCUCUCCCUCACAAUUUUCUCGGGAAUUUUUUUUGGGUUUCUGGAUUCUCUCUUUCCCCUCUUCUCUAUUUUUUGUUUGUGCCGGUGAUUUGCUUUGCUUUCUCCCUCCCUCCCUCUGCCGGGUUCCUCCAAUUCCCAAACAACACAAAACAGAGAGCGUUUCUGUGUUCACCCGGAUGGCCAUGUCGUCCGGUGGUAACGCAGCCUCCUCCUCCGCCAACAGUCCCCACAACCACCCGGGCCCAACCACCACGCGGCGGCGCGUCGAUGCCGGCGACAAGGUCUCCACGCCCGCCGAAUUCCACGGCGACACCGACGAACCCUGUGGAGGAGCCCUCGCCUGCAGCAACACCACCAGCUGUUGCCACCAUCACAACCACAGCCACCGCCACCCGGUCAUCCGGUACCUGCUGCUCCGCCGGAAGUUGUUCUUCUUCCUCCCGGAGGUUCUCCUGGUCGGGGUCGAGGAAGGUUGCCACCGAGCGGCUGCAAUGGCGCAGGGUUUGAGAUCCGGGAAGAACACGGGGAGGAGGAUCGUCGGUGCCUUGAUGUUUAUGGCGGUUGUUUCGCUUUUCGCCAAGGUUUUUCUGCUGAGCCACCAUUACAAUCUUCUCCUCGAGAGCCAUGGCAACGGCGGCGGCGGCAGUGCUGGUGCCGGCAGGGAGAUGAAUGGGUUGUUGAUUCUCCAGACUUUCAAGGAUGAUUGGGCCAUGGCGCAACGCGUCCUCGCUGAAACUCAAUCCUCCAUUCCCAAACGCCUCCUCGAGAAGUUCCCGACCCCAGAAAUUUGGAUGAAGCCAAAUAGCGACAACUUCUACAAAUGCAUUUCUCGGCCCAGGAAGCCAUUAAAGUCCAGGAAAACAAAUGGCUAUCUACUUGUUCACGCCAAUGGUGGAUUGAACCAGAUGAGAACAGGGAUUUGUGACAUGGUUGCAGCUGCCAAGUUGAUGAAUGCAACUCUGGUUCUUCCUUCCCUUGAUCAUGAAUCGUUCUGGACCGAUCCCAGUACAUUUAAGGACAUUUUUGACUGGAGGCACUUCAUGAAAGUGUUGAAAGAGGAUGUGGACAUAAUCGAAUAUCUGCCACCACAGUUUGCAAGGAAGAAGCCUCUUGUCAAGGCUCCAAUCUCCUGGUCCAAGGCUAGCUACUACAGAGGAGAGGCAGUGCUAUUGAAGAAGCACAAAGUCAUGAAGUACACGCACACGGACUCCAGGCUAGCCAACAACGGCCUCUCAGCUUCAAUCCAGAAGCUUAGAUGCCGAGCCAAUUACGAAGCUCUCCGUUACUCCCAAGAAAUCGAGGAUCUCGGCAAGACACUGGUCGCCCGUCUCAGGAACAACAACGAGCCCUUCGUCGCUCUCCAUCUAAGGUACGAGAAAGACAUGCUUGCCUUCACCGGCUGCAACCACAACCUGACGGCACAAGAAGCAGAGGAACUCCGAGUGAUGAGGUACAGCGUUCCGCACUGGAAGGAGAAAGAGAUAGACAGCGAAGCUAGAAGAAGGGAAGGUGGAUGCCCUAUGUCUCCUAGAGAAGCCGCCAUGUUUCUCAAGGCAAUGGGGUAUCCUUCCUCCACGACCAUCUACAUAGUUGCAGGUCCAAUCUACGGGAGCAACAGCAUGGAUGCAUUCCGAGAGGAGUACCCGAACGUCUUUACUCAUUCUACUCUUGCCACCGAAGAAGAGCUCGAGCCUUUCAAGCCGUACCAGAACCGUCUCGCUGCCUUGGAUUACAUUGUUGCUUUGGAGAGCGAUGUGUUUGUUUAUACUUAUGAUGGGAACAUGGCCAAGGCCGUGCAAGGUCAUCGGCGGUUUGAAGGGUUUCGUAAGACCAUCAAUCCAGACAGGCAAAACUUUGUGACGCUGAUUGAUGAGCUGGACGAGGGUUUGAUUUCAUUCGAUGAGUUCUCGUUGAAGGUGAAGGCAUUGCACGAGCACAGGCUUGGACAGCCAUAUCUGAGGCGGGUAGGGGAAUCCCCAAGGCUGGAAGAGAAUUUUUAUGCAAACCCUCUUCCGGGGUGUAUGUGCAACAGAACUCAGGAGAGAUUAAGUACGUUAGCGAUGCUUGAAAGACGACGAGCCAAUCUUGGGACUGCAUCUCAGAGGUGAAAGAAGUGAAACCCUUUCUAUGUUGUGGUCGGGAGAUGGCGAAGGAAUGGAGCUUCUCUGAAGCCGAAUCAAGCUCGUUGGUUUAUUAGCUAGCUUUUGGAGACGAUAUACUGGAAGAAGAGCCAUCGCAGUAGCAAUUUCAUUCAUGGUUUUCAUAAAGGAAGAAGGAAAGACAGAAGAUGCUGGCGGCAGGCAUGGCUUCCCCAAAGGUUUUUCUCAGUUUUGUUUUAUGUAGAUUUGGAUUUGGAGGGAACCCCUAACCAUCAUCAACUUCUAGGCUAAAAAGACGAUAAACGAAGGGGGAAAAA